UUGUUUUAAUUUUGAUGUAGGCAUGAAUGACAUCAUCCAGCGUCCAGAUAUGAAGCCAUAUGGAUUCACUUAUUCUAUAGUGCCACAGACAAGUAAAAUGAACUAUAUGGCUUGCUUUGGUACAGAAGGAACCAAAGAUGAACCUGUCGACAGCAUUCAGACAAUUCUACCAGAUACUACAAACUAUACGGUGGUUGGACCAGUGUUGUAUAACGACCAAAAUCUUACAAUGUAUAAAUGGGAAGAAACCAGAGGGUACAAGAAAAACACUUACAAGUUAAUUGUGGCCACAGUGUUUACGAGCAGCAUUCCAGUGCACCUGCACUUUCUUGGCUUUGACUGGAUUUUUGGCUCACAUUAUGAUGAGUAUGAAUUCUUUUAUGAUGAAUUUAAUCUGGGGAUUGAAAUUCCUGAGGAAACGUUUAACGUUCCAGAAGGAUUAAAAUGUCAAGACUUUCCUGGUCCAGGCUCUCAACAGCAUCUCAAUACUGUAACUAAUCCCAUCAGUGAGCUACUUCAUGAUUCUGGGGAAGUGGACAAUGAAUUUGAAAAAUUUAAGACAACCCAUGGGAAAUCAUACCAUGAUCCCAAAGAACAUGAGGCCAGGAAGGCAAACUUCAGACAUAAUUUCAGGUUUAUUCAUUCCACUAAUCGUCAAGGAAGAAGCUUUAAGGUGGCAGUAAAUCAUCUUGCAGAUACAAAUCAGGAUGAAAGAAGACGCAUGCGCGGAUAUCGUUACACUGGUCCCAAUAAUGGACUUCCAUUUACUCUAACAGAAGAAAUGGUGCAAGCAUUGCCAGCAUCACUUGACUGGCGACUGAUAGGUGCUGUAACACCUGUGAAGGAUCAAGGCAUUUGUGGUAGUUGUUGGAGUUUUGGUACAGCGGAAACAAUUGAAGGAGCUCUGUUUCUUCACAAAAAACGAACCAUGAUGGUUGAAUUGUCACAGCAAAACUUAAUGGACUGCACAUGGCAAUAUGGAAACAAUGGCUGUGACGGUGGUGAAGAAUGGAGGGCAUAUGAGUGGAUCAUGGCCAAUGGAGGAAUUGCUACUGCUGAUUCUUACGGCCCAUACUUGAUGGCUGAUGGACGUUGUCACUUUAAGAAUGCCACAGUGGGAACAAAGAUUGCAAGCUAUGUGAAUGUGACUAGUGGUAAUGCAACUGCUCUAAUGGCUGCACUGUUUCACUAUGGCCCAGUAGCCGUCGAUAUUGAUGCAUCUCACAUGACUUUCUCAUUUUACUCAAGUGGAGUUUAUUAUGAUCCAAAGUGCAUGAAUGGAAUUGAUCAACUUGAUCACUCUGUGCUGGCUGUUGGGUAUGGAACACUGUAUGGUGAAGGAUACUGGCUGGUGAAGAAUUCUUGGUCAAAUCACUGGGGUGAUGCUGGCUACGUAUUGAUGUCAAUGAAAGACAAUAACUGUGGUGUCGCUACUAGUCCCACUUAUGUCAACAUUGAGUAGUCAUGCAGUAUGGCAAUCCAUGUGUAUGCCAGUAUGCGUGUAUUGAUCUUGGUGCUGCAUACAGCCAGCUGUGUUGUUAUGGUUGCUAAUUGUGCUGUUUGCUGGAAUAUGAUAGCUAUUUGCUGCCUUUUUUGUUGAUGGCACGUCGGUUCCAGGUG